ACGUGUCGUCACAGCCCGCAUUCAUAAACAUCGCGUUCUCUGUCUGCUUCGACGCGUCACGCCGCUCCAAACAAGAGACGAAGACGAUCGGUAAUCUCGGACGGUCUUUUGGUUUGCGAAUUUUGACAUUUUUCUUCGGUAAACCGGUUCUUCUUCGUCAUCGAACAGAGGAAGAAAAUAUGGCUACACGCGCGGCGUAGAGUUUAGCAGCGCCUGGUGCUCUAUCUGAAUAAGGCGCGCGCCACUGAAGAGGAACAAGGAAAAAAGAAAGUCGAACUAGUUUAAAGCGCUAGUUUAGCAAAUAUUUAUAAGUGCUGCAAGUGUUUUCUCUUUUAAUCAACCAUCCGAGGCCUUCACCUUCGGUACACAUUUGCUAAUCUUAGACCAAAAAAAAUGGACCGGGGCGGCUGUCAGAUGAGUGGAGGAGGAGGAGGCGGCGGGGAAGGCAGCGGGAUCGACCGGAAUGGGGUGAUCACGCUGGAAGACCUGGAGUCCUUCACGGAGGACCAGCUAUCAGACUCGGGCAAUGGCAGCCUGGAAGAUGGGGAAGCCAUGGAGGAAGAAGACUCAUCUGACCGACUGCUCCACUACUGGCAGGAGGUGGCCAGGGGACACCAAGUGGAAGUUUCCCAUGACAUGGCAGAACCCAUCCAGCAGCUGAGCAGCAACAACCAUGGACGCAGUAACAGAGAACAAGUCCCUUUUACACUUCUCGGUCGUAAGGAAAAGUGUGGAGAGCUGCUGUAUGAGAAACGACAGUAUGAAAAGGGCCACUGGGCUUGCAUAACAAUGCAUGAGGACACUUAUGAACAGAGCAUCUGCUAUGGUUUUAUGAGGAUAAUGAGAUACAUCUGCCAGCAGAACUCUAUAGGGGGCUACCUUGGCAUGACGCUGCCCAUUGUGACGGUGGUUCGUACGAACGAGAACCAGUCUGUGAUUUCCCAUGAUGUCACUGUGGCCUAUUACCUUCCUGCUGAACAUCAGGCCCAGCCCCCACAACCUAACGACAACGAUAUAGUCAUAGAAGUCUGGCCUGCGUCCACCGUUUACACGAGAGCCUUCACUGGUCCCACAAAUGAAGUGACCAUCGUCAAUCAGAUCAGCGUCAUGGCUGAGCUGCUGGACUCACCCGACCUGUGCGACAACAACUCGUUCAUUGUGGCCGGCUACACCAACCCCGCUCACAGCAACCGUCAGAAUGAGAUCUGGUUCCUGGAGCGACGCUGAGAUGACCAGCAGCUUCUACCCACAAUCCUCUGAGCCUCAUAAACUCUUAACACUGCCCCAGCUCAGCUACAGCCUCAGGUGCAACACCUUCAGUCACCGUCUCUACCUGUACGGACCACCAGCCUAGCAGACUCCAGUCCAUGAGUUUUGGGGGAAAAAAAACAAAAAAACAAUCACUCUGUAGGUCAGCAUCAACCUUUUUCUGUGCAUUUUGAUAGCUCCUCCCACUCGGAGAACCAAACCCAAGGCUGCCAUACUCUCAUGAACACAAAUGUGAAGUACUGCACUAUUGCUUUGAUUUGGCUAAAAACCAGCACCCUGUAGUGAAAACAUGUGAUUGUUGUAGCUGUUAGCACUCUGAACACGAUCAGCAGUGUCUCAAUAACUGGUCCAUCUAUGACGAAACGACCUCUCAGUGGACAUGCAGCCAAAACUGGGCUCCCGGUCUCCUCGGUGCGCGAUGUGUAGUGCGUGACGCCAUCACGAUGUCGCUUGCUGCGGCGAUUUCAGCCAUGCAUUUUGCUUCAUACUUUAUCUGCGUGUUCCAACAUUUACAUGUACAAUGUCCAUCAUACUGCAUACUGUUGUAGGUGUAAGUGCAAUAUCCAUCAGUGGUGACCAACAGCGGCAGCAUCUGGGCCGCUAAGCUAACCUGGUGUCGGGGCGUCCUGUUGCUCAUUAUGGUGGUUAGACCAAGCAGAUGUGUACAAUUCUUCUUCGUCAAAGAGAAAUCACCCAGACCAGGAAAAAACCCGUGUCUUUAGACACAAUAUAAGCUCAACAACGGGGAGGGGGGGGGGUUGAACUCUGAAGGUAGCGCCUUCAUGGGUUCAUAAAUGAAUGUAAAGCGGUGGUGCAUCACAUUUCUACGAACCAAAAACUGCUAACUCAGAUUUCUACUGCUGAGUGACAAUCAAAACAAGUGAUCUAUUUUCUCAUCUGUGGUGCAAGGUGAUGCAUUCCUCGUCUUUCUAGAUGUGUUCACACAGACUCACAGCCAGAUUAUUUACAACUUCUUCUUCUUUAUGCUCCUUUUUCCCUGCUGUUCUGAAAAUAGUAGGGAGCGGUGUACUGCAAACACUACUGCAAUCAUGAAAUAUAAAAAGAGCACAGAGGAUAUUUACUGUGAUUGUAGAAUUUAAAUAAAAAGUUGUGUUUUAGUUGAAGCUUUUUCAUGUUGUCAGUGAGAGAAAUCAGAACGGUGUGUUUAUUCUGACUAUUUUUUAAGAAAAAUACCUGUUGAUUGAAGACAAUAUAAUACAGGUGAUAUCAGAGGAAGUUUGGAGGCGUGGCUUCUGAUUAGAACGGGUUAAUUCACUGCUGGCCGAUGUUAAGUUUCAGGGGUUUUAAGAAGACGGAAGCCUGGAAGGGGAUAUUAAAUUGUAUCUGAAUACAAAGUGCAAGAGAAAACUGAACUUAGAGGAAGCUGAAGGUUUAAAAACCUCAUCCAGUCUUUUUUUUUUUUUUUUUUUUUUUUUUUUUGACUGGUUCAAAAAAAAAGCACCAAACUGUUUUAUUUUUAAAAGUAAAAGUAGUGUGGAUAUUUGUGGGAAACUCUUCAAAGCUGUGUUGUUGUUUUUUCCCUUGAAUAACCCGCUCAUCUAAAAUCUUUGAGUUUGUCCAGUUUUUUUUUUUUUUUUAAUGUGUCAUACUGUGAUACUGUAGGUCCAACAAAUGAGUGCUACAGCGGUUUUCUUUGUUCAAUAAAAAUGUGCUUGUCCCCUGUU